CAUAGAUCUCAGCUUUGAAGGCACGCAUCGCAGUAUCAAGAGAAUCCCCCCUUCUCAACAGAUGCUAGGUGAGGCGCGGUGCAGGUGGGCGGGCGGAUGGGCUGUAUGUAGCCAAUUUGAGUUCAAAAGAAUUGGCCCAAAAGAAAAAAGGAAAUAAAGAAAAAAAAUAUUGUAUGCGAAAGUUGAAACUGGAAAUGUAAUAAUUGAAUUGUAUGAAAAAAGAAACGUAUUCAAAUGUAUUGAACAUUAUUUUGAAAGCAUUCAGUUGAUGUUUGCAUCCAAUCUUAAAGUUUCUUUGGUCAAACAACUUAUUUUCACUCUUGGUUCUUGUCCUUGUGAUGACAAUUGUUUUCCACCUUCCUUCAAGUCAUCUUUUCUCUGCACCAAGUUUUGGUACUCUUUGACGUGGAGGCAGGGUUAUGGGGAAUGGGGCGUGUUUUUCCUGGUAAUAAAGGUCAUGGAGAUCUGCUUCUGGCAACUACUUCCUGUUUUUAGCUGUUGGUCACCUGUAUUGGUGUCACGGAUUCUGCCGAGGCUGCCCCUCCUCCUUGCUCGGACAGGCUUCGGCGUUUGUCGUCACCGGAAUACUAGCUGCUGCCGAUCUAUGUUCUAUGUUUCUAUGUUGCACCUGUUGUCUAUUGUUACACACCUGUUGCCCAUUAUUGGGAUCACUCCUUCCCUAUUUAAUCCAGUGGCUCCCAAUGUGUUUUGUGCGUGGUUGUUUUUCGUUUCCUGUGUAGUUGGUUAGCGGGUUAGUUCCUCCCUGUGUGGAGGUAUUCUGUGUUGCAUUCUUUACUUAUUUCAGUAAAGUACGUUUCUUCGAGUUCUGUUUCCUGCGCCUGACUUCGAACCACCGCAUUACACUGACACUCGUGACAGAACCACGCACCAUUUAUGGAGUCAGCAGGUACAGCCAGUCAGUCCGAAUCGAUGGAGGAACGAUUUCAACGACAGGAGAGUAUCAUCCAGGCUCUCGGCACCGCCAUGGAGAGGGUGAUGAAUACCAUGGACCGUUGGGAGAGAGGUGACCUGCCUACACCUCCUCCAACCACUCUACCACCCAUACCACAGUCCACCCCUUCGCCACCUGGGCCCAGUGGGAUUCGGCUCUCGCUCCCGAGGGCAUAUGACGGUACACCAGCCGGGUGUCAGGGUUUCCUUCUCCAGGUAGAGCCCUACCUGGCAACCAUUCACCCGGCGCCCUCGGGAUACGAGAGCGUGUCCGCCCUCAUCUCCUGUCUGUCUGGGAAGGCGCUCGAGUGGGCCAACGCCGAGUGGGGAGGAAUUGACGCUACACCGGUCCGCUACGAGGAUUUCACCCGCCGCUUCCGGGCGGUAUUCGAUCAUCCACCGGAGGGGAGAGCAGCGGGCGAGUGUCUGUUCCACAUAAGACAGGAGAGGAGGAGCGCCCAGGAUUUUGCGCUGGAGUUCAGGACAUUGGCAGCCAGCGCCGGAUGGAAUGAGAGGGCCCUGAUCGACCACUAUCGGUGCAGCCUAAGGGAGGACGUUCGGCGGGAACUGGCCUGCAGGGAUACCAAUCUCAACCUGGACCAACUGGUGGAGAUGUCCAUCAGGCUGGAUAACCUGUUGGAAACCCGCGGACGUUCUGAUCAGGGCCCAUUCAUUCCAUCCCCCAGCACCUCCGUCUCUACCCUCAUGGAGCUUGGAGGUGCUGCGCUUAGGGAGACCAGGAGAGGGGCCGUCCCCUGCACCAACUGUGGCCGCAGAGGACACACUGCGGGUCGGUGCUGGGGAGGGUCCCCAGGGAGUCGAGGCAGUAAGCAGAGCACUGGUCGACCAUCUCAGGUGAGUAAGCACCCGAGUCACCCAGAGCUCCCUGUUGGUCAGUUGUGUAUAGAGGUUGUGUUUCCAGAGUUUUCUCCUCAUUCCCAGCAUAAGGCGCUAGUCGAUUCAGGCGCAGCUGGGAAUUUUAUUGAUCGUCAAUAUUCUCAUAGUUUAGGGAUUCCUACUGUUGGUGUUGAUGUGCCCUUCCCUGUCCACGCAUUAGAUAGUCGCCCGCUAGGGUCAGGACUAAUAAGGGAGGUUACCGCACCACUCUUAAUGAGGACGCAGGGGGGUCAUGAGGAGAGGAUUAGUCUCUAUCUGAUUGAUUCUCCUGCGUAUCCUGUGGUGUUGGGACUUCCCUGGUUAACCACUCAUGAUCCCACUAUUUCCUGGCAACAGAGGGCUCUCAAGGGAUGGUCCAGUCAGUGCUCAGGGAGGUGGGUAGGGGUUUCCUUGGGGGCUACUACGGAGGAGAGUCCAAACCAGGUCUCCACAGUGCACAUUCCUUUCGAGUAUGCCGAUUUGGCUCUCGCCUUCAGUAAAAAGAGGGCGACUAAAUUACCACCCCAUCGUCCGGGGGAUUGUGCAAUAAAUCUCCAGGUAGGCGCUGCACUUCCCUGGAGUCACGUGUAUCCUCUGUCACAGGCGGAGAAGUCGGCUAUGGAAACAUAUGUCUCUGAAUCUCUGAGACAGGGAUACAAUCGGCCUUCCACUUCACCUGUUUCCUCAAGUUUCUUUUUUCGUGAAGAAGAAGGAUGGUGGGUUACGCCCGUGCAUUGAUUACCAUGGGCUUAAUCAGAUCACUGUCAAGUACAGCGUUCCCUUACCUCUGAUAGCAUGUAUGACGGAAUCACUGCACGGGGCGCGCUUCUUCACGAAAUUGGAUCUCAGGAGCGCGUACAAUCUGGUGCGUAUUCGGGAGAUAGAUGAGUGGAAGACGGCUUUCAGCACCACCUCAGGACACUAUGAGUACCUCGUCAUGCCAUACAGGUUGAUGAAUACUCCAUCAGUCUUCCAAGCCUUUGUCGAUGAGAUUUUCAGGGAUCUGCAUGGACAGGGUGUAGUGGUGUAUAUUGAUGACAUUCUCAUAUACUCCGCUACACGGGCCGAGCAUGUGUCCCUGCUGCGUAAAGUACUUGGACAACUGUUGAAGCAUGACCUGUAUGCCAAGGCGGGGAAAAGCCUGUUCUUUCAGGAGUCCAUCUCCUUCCUAGGGUACCACAUGUCCGCGUCUGGGGUGAAGAUGGAAAGUGACCGCAUUUCGGCCAUGCGUAAUUGGCCGACUCCAACCACGGUGAAGGAGGUGCAGCAAUUUUUGGGAUUUGCCAAUUACUACCAGAGGUUUAUCCGGGGCUUUGGUCAGGUAGCGGCUCCCAUUACCUCGUUGCUGAAGGGGGGACCGGUGCGUCUGUGGUGGUCAGCUGAGACGGACAGGGCGUUCAAUCAUCUGAAGAACCUGUUUACCUCGGCUCCAGUGCUGGCUCAUCCGGAUCCCUCCUUGGCUUUCACGGUUGAGGUGGACACGUCGGAGGCUGGGAUAGGUGCUGUACUUUCCCAGCGCUCGGGCACACCACCCAAGCUCCGCCCCUGUGCAUUCUUUUCAAAGAAGCUCAGUCCGGCGGAGCGCAACUAUGAUGUGGGGGACCGGGAGCUGUUGGCCGUGGUCCAAGCCCUGAAAGCGUGGAGACAUUGGCUUGAGGGGGCUAACCACCCUUUUCUCAUUUUGACUGACCACCGCAAUCUGGAGUACAUCCGGGCGGCGAAGAGAUUAAACCCUCGCCAGGCAAGGUAGUCAAUGUUUCUCACCCAUUUUUGUUUCUUCAUUCCGUACAGGCCAGGUUCCCAGAACGCUAAGGCAGAUGCUCUGUCCCGACUGUAUGACACGGAGGAGAGUUCCAUGGAGCCCACUCCCAUAUUUCCGGCGUCGUGUCUGGUGGCACCGGUGGUGUGGGAAGUGGACGCGGACAUCGAGCGGGCGUUGCGUAACGAACCCAUUCCUCCCCAGUGUCCAGAGGGUCGUGUGUACGUCCCGCUGGAGGUCCGCGAUCGUUUGCUCGGGCAGGCUUCGGCGUUUGUCGUCACCGGAAUACUAGCUGCUGCCGAUCUAUGUUCUAUGUUUCUAUGUUGCACCUGUUGUCUAUUGUUACACACCUGUUGCCCAUUAUUGGGAUCACUCCUUCCCUAUUUAACCCAGUGGCUCCCAAUGUGUUUUGUGCGUGGUUGUUUUUCGUUUCGUGUGUCGUUGGUGAGCGGGUUAGUUCCUCCCUGUGUGGAGGUAUUCUGUGUUGCAUUCUUUACUUAUUUCAGUAAAGUACGUUUCUUCGAGUUCUGUUUCCUGCACCUGACUUCGAACCACCGCAUUACACUGACACUUGUGACAAUUGGUAUGAGCUUGAAAUGUCUCUCUGGUCCUUCUCCUAUUUGUAUUGUGUGUUAUAUAUAUAUAUGUAUAUAUGUAUAUGUAUAUAUAUAUGUGCUUUUUUGUAUAUAAUAGUAGUAUAAGUUGUAUAGUAUAGCUAGUAUAAGUAUUAUGUGUUUCUAGUUUGUUCCUUUCUUCACAUGUUUUAUUUUUGAAUCAAAGUGGCUGCAUCUAACAUUAGAUAUCAGUGAACAAAUGCCGUGGUCAAGGCUAUGACGGCACUAGUGCAAUGAGGAGAGCUUACUCAGAUAUUCAAAAGCGCAUAUCAGACUGAGAGCCUAAUUCUUCUUAGGUAGUUCUUUAUGAGUUUUAGUUUAGGAAACAAUCUCUCCGGAGAAGCGACAGUUACAAAGAUGGUAAAAACAGCUUGAUUGCCGUAGCAACAUUAGGGAAACUGGGCAGAAGGGAGUUGUGCUUCGAAUACAGCAGUUCUGUAACAUCUUUAAUUGAGCCUCUCAUUCUCCUUAAUUGCCGGCCUCAACACGCUACGGAAAGAGAUUAACUUGAUAGGAACCUCUGGGGACAGGUCGUCUGGAUACUGGACAGCCAAUAAAUCGGCAGAUGCAAACUGAUUAUCAUCUUUAGCACACAACAGUUCUUGAGGGCUUGCUACUGGUGAACUGGCGUUUGAGUUAUGUGGUUGCAAUAUCAACAGUCCUUUAUCUCUGGUAUAUCUUGGAAUACAUAAUUCAAGACUAAGUUUAAAUUGUGUGCAGUGCAAUGGACAUAUACUACACAAUGUCUCAGGAAAGACUGUCUGGAUUGGCAAUACUCAGUAUAGAAAACUGUCGGGCCCGCAACCUGGACCUACAGGCCGUGGUGAAAACACUUGCACACAAAAAAAGGAGGACUUCAGGACACCAGAGGAGUCUCUCACAUUGGAUUUAAUUCAAUUUAAUUUAAUAUUGCAGCCCAUUUGUGUAGGCUAUUAGCCAGACAAAACCUGCAGUGUUCAACACUGAAUAGUGGCUGAAUUUAUCCUCAAGCCGACUACUUUUUUCCUCAUUGUUAGGCUAUUUGAUGUAUUUUUAUAAAAAGUUUAUGACUAGAAGCUAAAAACGGUAAAUAGAUAUAGACAGUACACUGCAUAAAGAAACAAUCCCUAGUAAGCUAGUGUUUUGAGGGUGAACUCUAUUAUUUGUCAUUAAUAGACUGUUAAUACGCACAACUUUCUAUCCAAGCUGGGAGAGAGCGCGAGGACAGCUCAUGUCAUGCAGGUUCAGGUAGCCUAUACAGGACAGUUGUGUGUGUGUGUGUGUGUGUGUGUAUAUGUAUGUGUAUGUAUAUAUAUAUACAUACAGUGAGGGAAUAAAGUAUUUGAUCCCCUGCUGAUUUUGUACGUUUGCCCACUGACAAAGAAAUGAUCAGUCUAUAAUUUUAAUGGUAGAUUUAUUUGAACAGUGAGAGACAGAAUAACAACAAAAAAAUCCAGAAAAAUGCAUAUAAAAAUGUUAUAAAUUGAUUUGCAUUUUAAUGAGGGAAAUAAGUAUUUGACCCCCUCUCAAUCAGAAAGAUUUCUGGCUCCCAGGUGUCUUUUAUACAGGUAACGAGCUGAUAUUAGGAGCACACUCUUAAAGGGAGUGCUCCUAAUCUCAGUUUGUUACCUGUAUAAAAGACACCUGUCCACAGAAGCAAUCAAUCAAUCAGAUUCCAAACUCUCCACCAUGGCCAAGACCAAAGAGCUCUCCAAGGAUGUCAGGGACAAGAUUGUAGACCUACACAAGAAUGGAAUGGGCUACAAGGCCAUCGCCAAGCAGCUUAGUGAGAAGGUGACAACAGUUGGUGCGAUUAUUCGCAAAUGGAAGAAUCACAAAAUAACUGUCAAUCUGGCAUGGGGCACCAUGCAAGAUCUCACCUCGUGGCGUUGCAAUGAUCAUGAGAACGGUGAGGAAUCAGCCCAGAACUACACGGGAGGAUCUUGUCAAUGAUCUCAAGGCAGCUGGGACCAUAGUCACCAAGAAAACAAUUGGUAACACACUACACCGUGAAGGACUGAAAUCCUGCUGCGCCCGCAAGGUCCCCCUGCUCAAGAAAGCACAUAUACAGGGCCGUCUGAAGUUUGCCAAUGAACAUCUGAAUGAUUCAGAGGAGAACUGGGUGAAAGUGUUGUGGUCAGAUGAGCCCAAAAUCGAGCUCUUUGGCAUCAACUCAACUCGCCGUGUUUGGAGGAGGAGGAAUGCUGCCUAUGACCCCAAGAACACCAUCCCCCCCGUCAAACAUGGAGGUGGAAACAUUAUGCUUUGGGUGUGUUUUUCUGCUAAGGGGACAGGACAACUUCACCGCAUCAAAGGGACGAUGGACGGGGCCAUGUACCAUCAAAUCUUGGGUGAGAACCUCCGUCCCUCAGCCAGGGCAUUGAAAAUGGGUCGUGGAUGGGUAUUCCAGCAUGACAAUGACCCAAAACACACGGCCAAGGCAACAAAGGAGUGGCUCAAGAAGAGGCACAUUAAGGUCCUGCAGUGGCCUAGCCAGUCUCUAGACUUUAAUCCCAUAGAAAAUCUGUGGAGGGAGCUGAAGGUUCGAGUUGCCAAACGUCAGCCUCGAAACCUUAAUGACUUGGAGAAGAUCUGCAAAGAGGAGUGGGACAAAAUCCCUCCUGAGAUGUGUGCAAACCUGGUGGCCAACUACAAGAAACGUCUGACCUCUGUGAUUGCCAACAAGGGUUUUGCCACCUAGUACUAAGUCAUGUUUUGCAGAGGGGUCAAAUACUUAUUUACCUCAUUAAAAUGCAAAUCAAUUUAUAAAAUUUUUGACAUGCAUUUUUCUGGAUCUUUUUGUUGUUAUUCUGUCUCUCACUGUUCAAAUAAACCUACCAUUAAAAUUAUAGACUGAUCAUGUCUUUGUCAGUGGGCAAAUGUACAAAAUCAGUAGGGGAUCAAAUACUUUUUUCCCUCACUGUAUAUAUAUAUAUGUAUAUAUAUAUAUAUAUAUAUAUAUAUAUAUACUGCUCAAAAAAAUAAAGGGAACACUAAAAUAACACAUCCUAGAUCUGAAUGAAUGAAAUAAUCUUAUUAAAUACUUUUUUCUUUACAUAGUUGAAUGUGCUGACAACAAAACACACAAAAAUUAUCAAUGGAAAUCAAAUGUAUCAACCCAUGGAGGUCUGGAUUUGGAGUCACCCUCAAAAUUAAAGUGGAAAACCACACUACAGGCUGAUCCAACUUUGAUGUAAUGUCCUUAUAACAAGUCAAAAUGAGGCUCAGUAGUGUGUGUGGCCUCCACGUGCCUGUAUGACCUCCCUACAAUGCCUGGGCAUGCUCCUGAUGAGGUGGCGGAUGGUCUCCUGAGGGAUCUCCUCCCAGACCUGGACUAAAGCAUCCGCCAACUCAUAUAUAUACACACACACACACACACAUAUACAUACAUACAUACAUACAUACUGUACAUACAUACAUACAUACAUACAUACAUAUACACGUACCUACAUAUAUACACAUACAUACAUAAAGUAUUCAGACACCUUGACUUUUUUUCUCAUUUUGUUAGGUUACAUCCUUCUUCUAAAAUUGAUUAAAUUGUUUUUUUCCCCUCAUCAAUCUACACAUACCCCAUAAUGACGAAGCAGAAACCAUUAUUUGUGAAAUAUUACAUUUACAUAAGUAUUCAGAUCCUUUACUCAGUACUUUGCUGAAGCACCUUUGGCAGCGAUUACAGCCUCGAGUCUACUUGGGUAUGAUGCUACAUGGCACACCUGUAUUUGGGGAGUUUCUCCCAUUCUUCUCUGAAGAUCCUCUCAAGCUCUGUCAGGUUGGAUGGGGAGCGUUGCUGCACAGCUGUUUUCAGGUCUCUUCAGAGAUGUUCGAUCGGGUUCAAGUCCGGGCUCUGGCUGGGCCACUCAAGGACAUUCAGAGACUUGUCCCGAAGCCACUCCUGCAUUGUCUUGGCUGUGUGCUUAGGGUCGUUGUCCUGUUGGAAGGUUGAACCUUCGCCCCCAGUCCGAGGUCCUGAGCGCUCUGGUGCAGGUUUUCAUCAAGAAUCUCUCUUUACUUUGCUCCAUUCAUCUUUGCCUCAAUCCUGACUAGUCUCCCUGUCCCUGCCGCUGAAAAACAUCCCUACAGCAUGAUGGUGCCACCACCAUGCUUCACUGUAUGGAUGGUGCCAGGUUUCCUCCAGAUAUGACGCUUGGCAUUCAGGCCAAAAAGUUAAAUCUUGGUUUCAUCAGACUAGAGAAUCUUGUUUCUCAUGGAUUGAGAGUCCUUUAGGUGCCUUUUGGCAAACUCCAAGCGGGCUGUCAUGUGCCUUUUACUGAGGAGUGGCUUCUGUCUGGCCACUCUACCAUAAAGGCCUGAUUGGUGGUGCUGCAGAGAUGGUUAUCCUUCUGGAAGGUUUUCCCAUCUCCACAGAGGAAUUCUAAAGCUCUGUCAGAGUGAUCAUCGGGGGUCAACUCCUACAUUGCGGGGCCAAGAGAAACUGCGUUACGCCAGUGAGUAGGCUAUAUUUCACACUGUCCUCAAUAUUUUGAAUAUCUCUAAUCGCAUACUUUUUUGCUUUGGGAUCUGUUUAGAUUAUGCUUUGGGAUUAUGACCCUGUUGUCCUCACCCAUCACCAUGUGUAGCAGGUACUUCUCUGCAAUCAUGCAGUUGCACUGCUCUUCCAGACGACAUACUUCUUUCUCCCAGCUCAGUGUGACAGCUGUGCCUCCUGUUCACAGCUGUACAGAGGUAGAAGAAUGAUGGCACAAACCGAGAACAACUAAGUGAUUUAACAGUAAAUUAUAGGUGCAAUUACAAUGUCUAGAUUUACCCACAGUAGCUAAAGAAUCACAUUCCUUGAGAGAAUAAUGUACACCCUUGAUUACUGUUCACUGUCAGUGGUCCACAUUCAGUGUUUACAAAAACAGUGUUUUCCUGAUCUAUGAUUGGUUCUCCUUCUCAGAGGUUGCAAACAUAGCUCUGCAUUUGUCUCACAGGGUGUGAAACCUGGGCCCAUCGACAAGAUGGUUAUAUCCAAGCCUACACCAAACCGCAUGGCAGAAGGAGUGAGGUAAGCUAUGAAGUUGCUAUAUUUCAUUGUUUCAGAUCUCAUCAUUUCUGUCUACAAAUUCACUGAUUCUGUGUUUCUAUGUUGUACACUAUAGAAGCACACGCUACAAAGGAAUGGUUGGACUGUUGGCGGAUCUCUCUGUGCUGAAGGUGGAAGAGACCGACAGGGAUUUCCACAUUGGACAAACCACUGGUGACCACAAUAGGCAUGACUGUCGACAGGCCUCUAGUGGAAUCUGCUUCCGGGUUGGUGCAGAAGGGGAGUGUCUUAACUUACCAGCAGCCAAAGCUUACUACUAAGCACAUCAAACUCCACCAAGAUGCUCCAUCAAAUCCAUCCUUACCUCUAGUCGACUACCAGCUUGGCCUAACGCAGUGCGUGUUUGUUUCCCAUGGAAUGGCCACCUUUUGGGUUUUUUGAAAUAAAGUGCCCCAACGUCAAAAAUGAUGUUAAUUGCAAAUAGGAGGGGCCAACUGCUCAUUACUGGGCUAUAGUGGUGUUGUCUGUGCCCAGGAAGAUGUGCUUGUGCAGCGACUGCAUCCUGACCCGGAGGUCACAGGGGUGAUCAGAGAGAAGACAGACUCCUGUUACUUCAACAUGUACAUGCACAAGUACUUGUCUGUGAAGCCACAGUAC